GUCAUUUUGUUUGUCAUGUCGUUUUGUUUUGUUUGUCGAACUAACUUGUCAUGAAAAUGGCUCAGGAGAAUUGAAAAUAAAUAAACCAAAAAAAAUAUUUCAGUGUAGUGAAAAAUUCACGCAAACAUAACUGAACAAAAACAUUGUUUCUCGUGUGUCUUAAGUAGUACCGAGAUUAACGCUACCCUUAGUACAAAAAUUUAAUUUUUUACCCUAACAAACAUGGUAUGUCAGUGGUUAAAGUCUUCACCGAGUUUAAACAAAGGUAUAACUGUCAUCAAUCUGUUAGACGAAACAAAGUUUGAACAGUUUCUACGUAGAAUUAUUGCAAAACUAAAAGUUCAAGAUACUGAAAUAUUUUCAGAGGAUGAGAGACAAAAGCUAGAAAAAAUAUUCAAAAUCAGUGAAGAUGAUUUGCUCCUAUCUAUUAGGACUAUUAUUUACUUAUUCAGAAGAAUGUUGAAGCAUAUUUUUAUGCCUUCAAUUUUAAAAGAAGAAUUAUCGAAAAUUGGUAUAAAUAGUGAAAAAUCUGAAUGUAUGGUUAAAGCAUGGUCAAUAGAAACAAAAGCAGCUCUAAAUGAAAUGGAUUCCACUACUAUCAAUGAAAAUGGUGAAAAUCUUAAUUUUACUUGGAAACUAAACGCAGAGUUAAGUUCUGGAUAUCAAAAGAAAUGCAAAAUGCCAAAGGCUUAUCUUACCUUGUUGGGAAAGCAAAGUGAAACUGAGCUAGAACUAACCCAUCCGGAACUAUAUUCUGUUUUCCUACAGUUUGAAUCCAUUCAAAAUGAAUUGGAUAAUUUGUUAUAAUAUCCACAUAUAGUAUACAUUAAUAAGUGAAAAAUAUAUAAUAUAGUUUAUUUGGUAAAUUAAA